AUGGCUUCCGGCACGCCGGGCCCGAGCCUGCGGCAGCGGCGGCCCCCGCAGCGGAGCACAGCGGAGAAUGAGGUCUAUGUGGCGCGACGUCAGAACCUGGCGGUACUCUUCAAGAUUGUGAGGAAGCUCUUCGACCGAGGGCACAGUGAAGUUUUGAUCCACGCCAUGGGCCCGUGCAUCACCAAAGCUCUCCACCUGACCCAAGACGUCCUGCAACACUACGGGCAAUGGGUGACAUAUGAAGCACGUCAUGGGACGGUGGAAGUGGUGGAUGAGUUCUUUGAGUUUGAUUCCAGCUCCCUCUUUGAGCACUUUGCUAAGGACAUUCUGGGUGACUUCUUCGAGUGUGAUGUCGAGGAGCGGAGGGUUUCAUCACUGACCCUGCAUUUGAAGAUGGCAGAGAAUGUCACUCAGACCCAGCCACAACAAGAGUCCAAAGCGACUGACUCACUUUUGGACAUGGUGACCAAGCAGGAAUUUGGUGGUGACAUCGGUGGGGCCGGUCGUUUGCGUCGGCUCCCCCGGUGGCUCGUCCUCAGCGCCAUGACGGCCCUUUGCUGUUGGAACCGGUCCCAUGCCGCGCCCAGCGUGCCAGAACCGCCGCCUCUCCCCGGAGUGCCCGCGGCAGAUCCGCCGGGCCCACCGGCUCCCCCAAGCUUGCCUAGCGCUGCAGCUGUGGUCCCGCAGGUCGUGUCGGGAUACAUUGAGAAGAACGCUGUGGAAGGUGUUGCACCAAGCCUGCCAGGAGACAUUGAGAAGAACGCUGUGGAAGGUGUUGCACCAAGCCUGCCAGGAGACAUUGUGAAGAACGCUGUGGAAGUGGAAGGUGUUGCACCAAGCCUGCCAACUCAAGAUGAAGGAGAACAGCCACAGGCUGCGAAGAGCAAAGGAAAAGGUCCGGGAAAGGCGGCAAAAGGCAAGGGAGGGAUGAGCUACAAGGAGAAGCAAGAGGCGGAGCUGGCUGCAAAGGAGGAGAGCCUCUCCGCUCCUGAGGGCUUCAAAGGGAAGGAUCCUUUGUCGGAAUGGGAACUGGCGGUCUUCGCAGGUGCCACUGACAUCGAAGAAGGGCCAUAUUCGGGGCGGAAAUUUAUGCCGAGCCGCGGGUAUUUCGCGUGCAAAAGGUGCGGGACAGCAGUCUACUUGGCCCAAGCGAAGUUUGUUCACUGACAAAUCUGGUCCUCUUUUGAGGAAAGCUGCAAAGACUCUGUGACAUUGGCACUGGAGAGCGAUGGAAGAGUCGAAGUCAAAUGUGCAUGUUGCGAUGGACAUUUGGGGCACAUUUUUGAUCCGGACGAUGGUGCGAAGAAAACUGGCCAGCGCCACUGUAUCAACGACACUUCCCUUCAGUACGUCAUGUACCCGCCACCAGCUGGCACCGAAGAAGGAGGAAAGAUGGUCUUGCCGACAUCAUAGGCAUGAAAUCAUGGCAGUGGGUCACAAAAACGGCCAAAAGAUG